GUCUUUUUUUUUUUUUAGUGCUGGUGGAGGACCGAAGGAAGAGAGGGACCGUUAAAAAAAAAAGGGUGAAGACGGUCGGAAUAAUUGGAAGAAAAACAGAGAGGCAGUGGAGCUAUAGCUAGUAUUUUUGUAUUAUAUAAACCCUUUUUUUGGUUUAACACUUCUAAUACGGGUAUUUAAUAAGCUAACGCGGUGUAGCUAAGCUAAAUGUAAGCAGCUAGCCAAGGAAAGCUAAGCUAGCGGCUAACCAAAAACGACGGUAUUCCGAUAACGAUUAUUCGUGACUGAAAUACCUGACGUGCUUGAAUAAAUCGAGAAAAUAUAAAAGUAAAAUGGCGGAACCGGACAAAUUAAAUAUCGACUCCAUAAUACAGCGUCUCCUGGAAGUUAAGGGCUCGCGGCCUGGAAAGAACGUUCAGCUGACGGAGAACGAGAUCCGCGGCCUCUGCCUCAAAUCCCGCGAAAUCUUCCUCAGCCAGCCCAUCCUGCUCGAGCUGGAGGCGCCGCUGAAGAUCUGCGGCGAUGUUCACGGUCAGUACUACGACCUGCUCCGGCUCUUCGAGUACGGCGGUUUCCCUCCCGAGAGUAACUACCUGUUCCUGGGCGACUACGUGGACCGAGGGAAGCAGUCUCUGGAGACCAUCUGCCUCCUCCUGGCCUACAAGGUCAAAUACCCCGAGAACUUCUUCCUGCUGAGGGGCAACCACGAGUGCGCCUCCAUCAACCGCAUCUACGGCUUCUACGACGAGUGUAAGAGACGAUAUAACAUUAAACUGUGGAAGACGUUCACAGACUGCUUCAACUGCUUACCCGUGGCAGCCAUCGUAGACGAGAAGAUCUUCUGUUGCCAUGGAGGCCUCUCUCCGGACCUGCAGUCUAUGGAGCAGGUUCGGCGUGUGAUGCGUCCCACAGACGUGCCGGAUCAGGGCCUGCUGUGUGACCUGCUGUGGGCCGACCCGGAUAAAGACGUGAUGGGGUGGGGAGAGAACGACCGCGGAGUCUCCUUCACCUUCGGCGCAGACGUGGUGGCCAAAUUCCUGCACAAACACGACAUGGACCUCAUAUGCAGGGCGCAUCAGGUGGUGGAGGACGGAUACGAGUUCUUCGCUAAGAGGCAGUUGGUCACGCUGUUCUCUGCUCCGAACUACUGCGGAGAGUUCGACAACGCCGGGGCCAUGAUGAGUGUGGACGAGACGCUCAUGUGCUCCUUCCAGAUCCUGAAACCGGCUGAUAAGAAGCUGUACUCGUACGGAGGAGGAGGCGUGGGCUCAGGGCGUCCGGUCACUCCGCCACGCAACUCAGCAAAGGGGGGGAAAGCCAAGAAAUAGCACUCGCUGUGCUGGACCCCCCUCCCUCUCUCCCUCUCUCCCUCUCUCUCUCUCUCCCUCUCUCCCUCACUACCCCUCUUCCCCUGCAACCUCAAAAAAAUACCCCCAUUUCUCUCUACCUACCUCCCUGCUGCUUCCCUCUCUCUCACCAAACACAUACAGAGUACCCAGGGUUCUCCUCCUUCCUCUCUCUCUCUCUCUCUCUCUCUCUCUCUAUUUUUUUGUUUCUCAUUGACGCAGUGCGAGUGUUUGUGAGUAAGCGUGAGGUUUUAUUCCACUUUAUUCUUUUUUUUUUUUCCUCUUUCCUUCUCUUCUCCAGAGAGACUUUUCCAGGCCCUGGCCUCGUACUGUUGUUUUUGUUUUUUGGGUUUUUUUUUUUUUUUUUUUCGACGCUGAUCACAUCGCUGCUGUCGCUGCACUUCCUGUUUCAGAGCCAGUCUGAUUAUAAACUGUAACACACACACACACACGCACACACACACACACACACGGUGCCCCCUACUCUGGGAGAAUAGCUGAUGAUGAUUAAUAUAAUGACGCACAGGGAGCCGGCGAUGCGGAUGUGCAGCGUGAGAGGGAGAGAACUCACCACAGGUGCAGAAUUUCCAUUUAGAUUUCAAACGCAUUCAAGAAACAAUCAUGUUAACUGUUUUUGUUUUGUUUUUGUUUUUUUUAAAAAAAAUCUCUUUUUCUUUCUAUUUUUUUCCCCCCCUUUCCUUAUUUCUGUUAUUCGGUUAUUUGUAGAAUCAUGAAGAAAAGCUUUGAACGCUUAUUUUCACACUUAUUUUGUGUUCUUUGUUCUUUUUUUGUAGUCUCUUUUUUGAGAAUCAAUUAUCAAUAAAGAGAACUGUUUAUUUAAAAAAAAAA